CCGCCGCAGGCACCGGGGGCCGCCCCGGCACAGCCCCCCCGAGCCGCCCAGCGCCGCCGCAGGUGUGUGAUGCCCAGCACAGCCAUGAAGAAGAAGGUGCUGCUGAUGGGUAAAAGUGGGUCUGGGAAGACCAGCAUGAGAUCUAUUAUCUUUGCCAACUACAUCGCCCGGGACACGCGGCGCCUGGGGGCCACCAUUGAUGUGGAGCAUUCCCAUGUCAGAUUCCUGGGAAACCUGGUGUUAAACCUGUGGGACUGUGGAGGGCAGGACACCUUCAUGGAGAACUACUUCACCAGCCAGAGGGACAACAUCUUCCGCAACGUGGAGGUUCUCAUCUACGUGUUCGACGUGGAGAGCCGGGAGCUGGAGAAGGACAUGCACUACUACCAGUCCUGCCUGGAGGCCAUUCUGCAGAACUCCCCUGAUGCCAAGAUCUUCUGCCUGGUGCACAAGAUGGACUUGGUGCAGGAGGACCAGCGGGAUUUGAUUUUUAAGGAGCGUGAAGAGGACUUGAAACGCCUCUCCCGGCCCUUGGAAUGUGUUUGUUUUAGAACCUCCAUCUGGGAUGAAACCCUUUACAAGGCCUGGUCCAGCAUCGUGUACCAGCUGAUCCCCAACGUGCAGCAGCUGGAGAUGAACCUGAGGAACUUUGCUCAGAUCAUCGAGGCAGAUGAAGUGCUGCUGUUUGAGAGAGCCACCUUCCUGGUCAUUUCUCACUAUCAGUGCAAAGAGCAGAGGGACGUCCACAGGUUUGAGAAAAUCAGCAACAUCAUCAAACAAUUCAAGCUGAGCUGCAGUAAGCUGGCAGCCUCUUUCCAGAGCAUGGAGGUCAGGAACUCUAACUUUGCUGCUUUCAUUGACAUCUUUACAUCCAACACAUACGUGAUGGUGGUUAUGUCAGACCCUUCCAUACCUUCCGCGGCCACGCUGAUCAACAUCCGCAACGCCAGGAAACACUUUGAGAAGCUGGAGAGGGUGGAUGGCCCAAAGCACAGCCUGCUCAUGCGCUGAUCCCAGCUUUGGGGGCAGGAAGCAUGGAUCUGGGACUACUUUUUAGGAGAAUCUAACACUGUCGAUGUCUUUGUUGGGCUUUAUGAGUGUGCUGCUUUGUUUUCUCUCCUUUUCACGUCGGACACUAGAGGCACAGAGGAUGUCUGGAUACACUGCAGACCUUCAGAGACUUCCCUGGCACCCCCUGGGCUUGGGAAGGAGGCAGGACAGGUGAUAUGCCCGUGGGCUGGUGCUCUCAGGUGGAUAUUUUGCUGCCAGGAGGACAUUUUAAGUCCCAGGAAUAUGGGAUAUUUAGUGGUUUCUUGGUUGGUUGCUUGAAUAAGUUUCUGAAUUUCUCCUUGUCUUCGAUCAUAAAAUUAAAUUUUUGCUACCAGGGAUUUCAGAUCCUA